AUGUCGAUAACGAACUACACGAAAAUAGGUCACAUGAUGCUAUUCUCUGCCAACAUAAUGAGUACAUUCAGUCGGUUCCCGUACUAUUUUUGGAACAGAAAUAAGUUUAAGAAAGUCGUUGUAAAAAUGCAACAAAUACAAAGAGUUUUGGGAAUGGAAGAAGAGUCUUAUACCAUCAAAAACCUUGUGAUAUGCUCGGUUUUCUUGUGUUACGCUGCUCUUUACAUUUAUAUCGAUUUAAUCUUGAACGAUUAUAAGAGUAUCACUAGGAAAUUAGCGCAGUAUAUAAAUCUGAUCAUGGAAUUGUAUGAGUGUCUUUUGAUCUAUAAGGUCAUUAGCGAAAUGUAUAAACAGUACCAUUUCAUCAACAAUAAAAUGGGAUCCGAUAUUGGAUUCUUGGCAAUCGGGAAGCUGUUGCCUAUAAGCAAGAUGAAGGCAAAGAACAAGAACAUCAAGAAGAUAAAGUUACAGGAGAGAGAUAACUUUUUGAAUCGCCUCACGGUAUAUUCAGAUGUUCACAUGAAAAUCAGCAAAAUGGGUAGGAUGGCCAACGACGUCUUCGGUAUACCAAUACUAUACACGCUAGGAAUUAGGUUUAUGCUUAUCAUUAUGUACGGCCAUCUGUUGAGUUAUCCGAUAGCAGUCGGUAUUAAGAUUAUUCUGAUUAUAAUAUUGAUCAUUCUUUGCUACGUACAUAUAAUAUAUUUGAUCUACUGGUGGGUCAGAACGGCGGAUGAAGGCAAAUUAACUUUAUCUUAUAUUCACAAGAUAUGGAAUUCUCUUGCUUCUAACGACGAGGUCGACGUGAGAGUGAAUCAUCUCCAGUUGAUCACAGUUCAGUUAUCUAACAGCAGACCGGAGUUUACGGCUUUCGAUUUGUUCCAAAUCGAUUGGCCAGCAGUUCUUAUGCUAACUGGAGCUGCAUCCACGUACGUCGUGAUUUUGAUACAGUUCGAAAUGGCAGCUGCUGCAAAAGGUUUAAAUAUAACUUUAGCACCUGACGAAAGCAUCUUGUAA